UUUCAUUGCCCGAAGGAGCUAUAUAGCUAGAACGAGCUAAAAUAGCUCGUUCUAGCUAUAUAUCGAACAAAAGAAGGGUACAAAACCGUCUUUUUUUCAUAUUUAUCCGAAUUAUCGAAAGUAGACGGAACGUAUGUCACUCGCUUUUCACUUGUACUUGGCAAUAUGAAAUGUUUUGUCAACAUCAAACCUCCACUUUUUUUAGAAAAUUUGGCGUAAAAAACAAGGGCCUUUGAAUAACACCUACAAUAUGCGCCUGUUUUAAUAUUAAUCGAUGGUUUUCAACGCUGUUUUCUUCUGUGAACUCCUACAGUGUCAAUCGGAGUUGUUCGCCUUGGUCGGUUAUGUAAACAAAUAAGCAGUUUAAACGAAAUCUAUUGUUUUAGUUAAUUAGUAAGGGGUGUAAGCAAAUGUAUGUGCUAUUGUUGUAAUUUUUUUAUGUAUUGAAAAAAAAAUGAAAAUCAUAGAAAAUUCUGUAAUAAAUAAUUGCAUAAUAAAUUCCGCUUACUUUUGUUUGUACUAUUACAUGCACGGGGUGCACUUGUAAACAAAGCAGUGAACAAUGUCACAUAGAGGUGAAACUUAUUCAUCAUAAAUAUGCCUUGCUCAUGUGCCUGUAGACAUCACGACCAGUUUAGUAAUGGUAAUGCCAGUUAUAUCCACCAAAUUCGUCACAAAAAAAUAAAAGUAGAUGUCCUUAACUAUAUGAAAAAAAGUGAUCUUAUUCCCAGAAAUGCCAGUGCUAUUUGUCAAAUUUGUAUAGACUAUGUUAAUGCUAAUUUUCUGAGUCCUUCUACCUCAAAACGGAAAAACAGUUGGAAAAAAGAGGAAAUUAUUGAUGACAUAUUGCAUAAUGUUGAUUCGAAUGAACUGGGUGAUAUUGCUGAAGCUAUAGGUAAAAGAAUAUCAAGUGAUAUUGAGGAAGACAGUGUUUUUAGUAGUGUAGAUUAUAGAGAUCCAGGUAAUUUGUCAAAUUUCAAAAUCACUCAGUGGUUAAAUGAUAGAAAUGAUGUUUUAGUUAGGUUUGUGAAGUCUGCUGCAGGUAAUGGUAACAAUCCUAAAAAAGAAGUAUGUAUUGUUACUGCAGUUGACAGUAUAUACAAAGCCAGACGCCUAACACACGUAGCCCCCUUGCAAUUUUGCAAGAAUCUUGUAAAUUACUAUUUAAGUGGAAGUAAGGUUGUUGCACAAUUAAACAAUCGUCAAACAGCUUGUGGUAGUUAUAGCAGCUUACAACGCUGGCUGAAAGCAAAUGCCCAACAACCAGUGCAAAAUGAGCGUAACAGUGAUCAAAUAACAUUUUUUGAUAAUAAUCAGGUGAUUGCUAGAAACUGGAGAGUUACCUUUGGACACAAAACAACUGCAUCUGUAAUCACUAUGCUUCUCCACAUUACACCAGCAUUAUAUAGUAAUUUACAGGAAAGUCCACAUCUUACUCCUAGACAGUGGUUGUUCCAGGAAAAUAAUAGUACCACAGUUGCCAGUAUUAGGCAUUAUAUAAAGGAAGCUGAAAGCAAGUUUGAUACUAUAAGAAAUUGUUUCCUUGCAAGUAGGCUUAAGGCAAUCGUUACAGAAAAAAAGGAACAGACAACGUACAGCAAAGGAUGGUUCAAUGGUCCAAUAAACAAAAUAGACUUUGCGGAUCCCUAUGCAUGGGCGACCAGUUGCCACCCGGAUGAAAAACCACACGUUAAAGUAGGAGAACCUGCGUUGUUUAACCCUUGCUCAUAUGACUCUGUAAAAAAAGUACUCAAGCAUGUACAAGACCAGUGUCAUGUAGGAGAUAACAGAACAUGGACAUGUGUAGGAUGUGAUGGCCUUCCCUAUGUUCUAGGAUCACGUUUGAUCGAAAAAAAUGAUGAUCUACGUGAUAUAUUGCUUGUUCCCGGGCUAGGACACAUAGAAAUGACUGCCGUAAAGGCCUGUUUCAAACUUCUUUGGGACGUUUGCCUGCAAGAUCUUGCAAAGAUGCUUGGUUAUCGCACACCACGUGCACUUAUGUGCUGUAAGGCAUGCCCAAACCAUCAUAAGUCAUGGAUGAUCUUAACAAUAUUCUUUUACGGUACUAUUGAUGAAAUAUUAACUACUUACAUUUCACAAGAUGAAGCUCCAACUGUAGCUGGUCUAUAUACAUACAUAGGCAGCUGUAAGCAUAGAAAUUUCCGUUUCAUGUGCGAUGUCGUCUUAAACUACGUGCUGGCAAUAUUUGCAUUUCGUUGUUGUACAAGGCGAAAUAAUACCGAUUACAUUAUGGCUGGUAAAAGUAAAUUUAUGAAAUUGUUCUAUGGCUUAAAUCAUACAAAUUAUCAGGAGAUCAUGUACAGAGAUUUUAAAACUCGCGUAUUAGCUCCAACAGCAAUAAAGGAUUUUAUAUGUAAGAAUGAGUCGUUUUCUGUUUCUGGCAAUAUCAGCAAAGGAGAAGGGGGUGAUUUUGUCUUAGAGGCAUACAAUCGUAGGGCAAAGAGAUGGCUACCUCCAGGCAUUCCAAAGCAACAUCACUGGGUCAAUGUUUGCAGAAAUUUGAAUUUGCUAGAAAAGGUUAAUUUCUAUAAUAUUUAUAUUCUGAUAAAAAGAUUAUAUACAAUAAUUAAAAUCAAAAGUAGUAUAGGGUUCGGUUUAACCACAAGUAGUACGCAUGCGCGGUGGCCAUCUUGUUUCUAAAUAUGCUAUUACAUUUGCAUAAAAUAUGUUUCUUAUCACAUU